AUGGACACGAGUUACCUGGCCCAGCAGGUCAACAACAGCAUUGGCCAGCUGCACGGUCUAUUCGACGAGAUUGGUGUUCCCGAUCAUGAGCGCGAGGCUCGCGAGGAGGAGCUCUUCUCCGCUCUCUCCGAAGCGCUCAACAGCCAGGUUCGUCUCGUAACACAGGAGAAGAAGGAGAUGGUCGACGAGGCAAAGAAGAUCAUCACUGUCGUCCGUCAAAUGGAGACGUCUCUCGAUGACUCCAAGAACCGACGCGACUACCAAGAUGACGAAGACCUCACCAUCACAUACCCACUGGUGAGGUGCUUGCAAGCUCUCAAGGAGAAGCACAGCCAGAUCAGCCGCAUCCAUAAGGAACGCUUCGAGCAAGUCAAGAAGCUCGUACAAGCCCUAGAAUCCUACUCCUCACACCUCGAAGCCACAUUUGUCCAGAUCGCGCUCCCUCCCACAGGCCCCAACCAGUCCAUCCCUCCCAACUUCGAUCUAUCCCCGUCCUACGUCGACAGGCUUGACAGCGAGUUUACACGCGUAUAUGAAGAGUAUACCCGUCGCAUAGCUACAGUGCAAACCCUUGGUGACCAGAUCAUCGGACUAUGGGCCGAGCUCGGCAUUCCCCAGGCGCAGCAAGACGGCGCCAUCGUCAAGUACUACAGAGACGCUCCUGAGCAGCUUGGCCUCCACGAGGAGGAUAUCGCCCGGCUUCGGACCAAGCGCGACAGACUCUCUGAUGAGAAGAAGAACCGAGAGAAGCGACUACGAGAUCUCAAGGCCGCCGUUGAAGCGCUUUGGAUCAAGCUAGGCGUCGACGAGAGCGAGACCAAGGCCUUCUUCAACCAGAACCGCGGCUGUGGCAUUCGUCAGAUCAACGAGUUUGAAGAUGAGCUAUCGCGAUUGAACGAGCUGAAGCGUCAGAACCUCCACCUAUUUGUUGAGGACUCCCGUAUCAGACUUCAGGAGUUGUGGGAUUCGCUGUACUUCUCUGAGGAUGAGAUGCUCGACUUCACCCCUGCUUUCUCCGACGUCUAUAGUGAUGCGCUUCUAGAGGCUCACGAGCGUGAGGUUACGCGACUUGAGGCCCUCAGGGAACAGCGUGCUCCCACCUUGACUAUGAUUGACAGACACAAGACCUUGGUCAAGGAGCGUGACGACCUUGCUUCGUCCAGCAAUGAUGCCUCGCGACUCAUGGCCCGUGGUCAGAAGGGAGAGAAGCGAGAUCCUGGAAAGCUUCUUCGCGAGGAAAAGAUGCGCAAGCGCAUCGCCAAGGAGCUCCCCAAGGUCACUGCUGAGUUGCGCAAGGUGCUUUCAAGAUGGGAGGACGAGUACGGCCGGCCGUUCUUGGUCUUUGGCGAACGAUAUCUGGAUGAGAUCGACGCAGCCGACGGCAGCAGGAAGACCGCGCUCCCGCCUCGCUCCAAGACACCCGCCGGACAGGCUCCAUCAUCCAUCAAGGGACACAAGUCGACGUUGAGCAAAAGCACUGCGCCCCGGGCUGUUCCUCCUCGUUCCAUGACCAAGACUCCCACCGCGGGUAAUCAUCCCACCAAACGGGCUCAACCUCAGCCUCAACCCGUUUCCAACGUCCUGGAGAGUCCAACUCGCAGCCCAUCGCGAAUCCCAGCGCGUGUUCCUCUGUCCAACAUGAAGCACGGUAACAACUCGCCUGAACGCCCCAGGCCCGAGUCAAGGGGUGAGACUCUUCGACAAGGUCCCCCUCUGAUGAGGGCUCCGCCACCCAAGAUGCGAGACCUUGUGCCGGUUCCUGAGUUCAAGGCUCCCACCAACCCUUACAAGUCGGCUGGCCUAGCAUCGAGUAUUGUUCGCCACGUCGAGCCUGAGGAUGUCUACGAUGACAGGGGAUCUCAAACCUCUCGCUCCAACUCUAACAUGUCUCACAACACCCACAAUAGCUAUAGCGAGGAUAGCUACGACGAGCGGUACGCCACCGUCCGUUCCUCCCACCAGAGCCACCAGAGCUACCGCCAGGCUCCUCCACCUCGACAAAUCUCCGGCACGUCCCUCACGUCGACGAACAUCUCCGGGUCUGAGAACUGGGAGACGUACGAUGACAACAGCGAGCCCGAGGUUGAUGCCUCAGACGCAUACUACGCCAAGCUACGAGCGGCACGAGGGAAGCGGUUCUCACCUGAGCAGGGCCACCGACCAGCGAGCAGCCAGUCUAAGCGCAUCCGAGGAAUCCCCCCCUCAGCCUCGUAUGGAGCACCGGGGAUGAUUGAGCAAGACGGCGGCCGAAUCAUCUCAGGGAGUGAGUGGACUGACGAGGAUGCCUAUUAA